CACGCCGCUCAGCCAUGGUCAACCCCACCGUGUUCUUUGACAUAGCUGUGGACGGCGAGCCUUUGGGCCACGUCUCCUUCGACCUGUUUGAAGACAAAGUCCCCCAAACAGCAGAGAACUUUCGUGCUCUGAGCACUGGGGAGAAAGGAUUUGGUUACAGUUCCUGCUUUCACAGGAUCAUCUCGGGAUUUAUGUGCCAAGGUGGUGACUUCACACGCCAUAAUGGCACCGGAGGCAAGUCCAUCUACGGGGAGAAGUUUGACGAUGAGAAUUUCAUCCUGAACCACACAGGUCCUGGCAUCCUGUCCAUGGCAAAUGCUGGACCCAACACGAACGGUUCCCAGUUUUUCAUCUGCACCACCAAGACCGAGUGUUUAGACGGCAAGCACGUGGUGUUUGGCAAGGUGAAGGAGGGCACAAACAUCGUGGAAGCCGUGGAGCCCUUUGGGUCCUGGAAUGGCAAGACCAGCAGGAAGAUCACCAAUGCUGACUGUGGACAAAUCCAAUAAAUUUGACUCGUGUUUUAUCUUAACUACCAGACCAUUCCUUCUGUAG